AUUAAUUAAAGUGCCAUAUUCUACUUUACAAUUUCACCCCCAUUGUGCACUAUCUGAUUGGAUGAUUUCCAAGUUCUCUAACCUUGAUCCAACUCUCUUCUUCCCUAUAUAUACUGUACUUCCACUGUGGUAUAUGUACUCCAACUCACUUCUCUUGUUCUCUUCACUGAACAUUUGGUGUUACACUCCAAAAUUCAAAUUUCUAUUUCUCUAGACAUGCCUCAAGCUCCUAAACACUUGCAUAACAUAACAAAUAGCAAUACUAAUACCACCCAUGACAACAAUAAAAGAGCACUCAAAUUCAUUGAAGAGGUCACCAGCAACACAGAUGAGAUUCAAACAAAGGUCCUUUCCCAGAUCCUUUCUCGCAGUGCCCAAGUUGAGUACCUCCAACGCCAGGGCCUAGAUGGUCAUACAGACAGAAACACUUUCAAGAAGGUCAUGCCUGUGGUCACUUACGAGGACCUCAAGCCAGAUAUUGAUCGCAUAGCUAAUGGUGAUGCCUCCCCAAUUUUGUGUUCCAAACCCAUAUCAGAGUUUCUCACUAGCUCUGGAACCUCUGGUGGGGAGAGAAAACUGAUGCCAACAAUUGAGGAAGAGCUAGAGAGGAGGUCAUUGCUCUAUAGCCUAUUGAUGCCAGUGAUGGACCAAUUUGUUCCUGGUUUGGACAAAGGCAAAGGGAUGUACUUUCUGUUCAUAAAAUCAGAAGCCAAAACCCCUGGUGGACUCUUAGCUCGUCCAGUUUUAACCAGCUAUUACAAAUCCUCACAUUUCAAGCACCGCAAAAGCGAUCCUUACACCAACUACACCAGCCCCAAUGAGACCAUCCUCUGCACAGAUUCCUAUCAGAGCAUGUAUGCUCAAUUGCUCUGUGGACUCUGUCAAAACGAGGAUGUUCUUCGUGUUGGGGCUGUCUUCGCUUCUGGUUUCAUCCGCGCCAUUAAGUUCCUCGAAAAGCAUUUAUUUUACUUAUGCCAUGACAUUAAAACAGGCACCUUGGACCCCAAAAUCACUGACCCUUCUGUGAGAGAAGCUGUCUUGAAAAUACUCAAACCAGAUCCUAAACUCGCGCGUUUUAUUGAAUCCCAAUGCAGCAAUGGAUCAUCAUGGAAGGGGAUUAUUACUAGGUUAUGGCCAAACACCAAGUAUGUUGAUGUUAUUGUCACAGGAGCAAUGUCUCAGUACAUUCCUAUAUUGGACUAUUACAGUAACAAUCUCCCUCUUGUCUGCACCAUGUAUGCUUCUUCUGAGUGCUAUUUUGGCUUGAAUUUAAACCCUUUGUGUGACCCUAGUGAGGUUUCUUACACCCUCAUUCCCACCAUGGCCUAUUUUGAAUUCUUGCCACUGAACAAGGUAAAUGAACAUGCUGACUCAAUUUCUCACUUGGAACAAGAAAAUUUAGUGGAUCUUGCUGAUGUGAAAUUGGGUCAAGAGUAUGAGCUUGUUGUCACCACUUAUGCAGGUCUUUACAGGUACCGGGUUGGUGACAUACUCCGUGUAGCUGGAUUCAAGAACAAGGCUCCACAAUUCAACUUUGUAUGCAGAAAGAACGUGGUUCUGAGCAUUGAUUCUGACAAAACCGAUGAAGUUGAGCUGCAAAACGCUGUGCAGAUUGCUGCUGAGAAUCUUGUUCAGUUUGGUGCAUCCCUUAUUGAUUACACAAGCUGUGUGGACACGUCUACAAUCCCUGGUCAUUACGUUCUGUAUUGGGAGAUUAACAUGAACAAUGGGGAUACCCCUGUUCCUGGUUCUGCUUUUGAAGAGUGUUGUGUUGCACUUGAAGAAUCUCUAAACAGUGUGUAUCGUCAGGGCAGGGUAUCAGAGAGUAUUGGAGCGUUGGAGAUCAAGGUGGUGGAGAAUGGGACAUUUGAUAAGCUCAUGGAUUUUGCUCUGAGCCAGGGUGCUUCUAUAAAUCAGUACAAGACACCUCGUUGUGUGAAAUUUGCACCACUUGUUGAGCUUCUGAAUUCAAGAGUUGUUUCCAGUUACUUCAGUCCUAAAUGUCCAAGAUGGAUUCCUGGUCGCAAGGAGCGGUGCACUUGAAGAGUUGAAACUCUUCAAAAGGAACUAGUAAAACAUGUCACUCUAGUUAGGGAUGAUAGGUCGAGAGACAUUCCAUAGACAUACAUGUUAGCGGAGAUUUUUAACCUCAUAAACAUUAGUGACAAUUAAAAAUCGAUGUUAAUAUGUAUGUUCAUUGUGUGUCUACCAGAAACAUAUAAAAAAUAUAUGCUCAAUCGUUUUCACAAGUUUUAAUA